GAUAAAGACAUCGAGGCUUUUUAACAGGAUGAUAUGUUUAAAAAAGAAUUUAUUGUUGUUAUCAUUAAGCCCGAUUCUACUGGUUGCUGUGAGAAAUAGGGAGAUUCAAUUCCUCAUCUCUUUCCUGAAGAGAAAUUGUGUUUUUAUAUACGGCUUUAGAGUGUGUUGGGAGCUGUAAGCAGAGGGGUCAAGAGACUGAUGAUGUGUUAUUAGUAGUAAUGUUAAAACUACUUGUUGUUGUUAUGACUGGCAAGCCAAUUUUAGAGUAACGUUUUUUCCCUUGUCUAUUUUGCAGAAGAGCCAUGGAUUACUACAGAAAAUAUGCAGCUGUCAUUCUGGCCACAUUGUCUGUGUUUCUGCAUAUUCUCCAUUCCUUUCCUGAUGCAGAGUUUACAAUGCAGGGUUGCCCAGAAUGCAAGCUAAAGGAAAACAAAUACUUCUCCAAGCUGGGUGCCCCAAUUUACCAGUGCAUGGGCUGCUGCUUCUCCAGAGCAUAUCCCACUCCAGCAAGGUCCAAGAAGACAAUGUUGGUCCCGAAGAACAUCACCUCAGAAGCCACAUGCUGUGUGGCCAAAGCAUUUACUAAGGCCACAGUGAUGGGAAAUGCCAAGGUGGAGAACCACACGGAGUGCCACUGCAGUACCUGCUAUUAUCACAAAUCUUAAAUAUUUUGCAAAGUGCCAUGUUGAUGACUGCUGAUUUCCUGGAUUGGAAAAUUAAUUUGUUCAGCGUAUAUGGCCUUGUGAGAUAAAAGCCUCCCUUUCCUUACCAUUCCCCUUCGGCGUGCUUCAAGGAUACACUGCAGCUUUAUUGUCUUUCUCUUUAUCUGACAGUAUAAUCAGCAGUCUAGCUCUUUUGAUUUGGAAUGAAAUACAGCAUUUAGCAUGAUCAUAAAAAGCUGGUUCCACUGGAAAUAAAGUCUUUUAAAUCAUCAUUCUA